UUCAUCAUUUACUUAUGCGACAAAGGAAGCAGAAGUACAUGGAAAAUAAGCUAUGGCUAUAUAUAAAUCCAUGUUUUAUCAAACAAACCAAUAAUCGUUAGUAUUUUAUCAAUUACGUUGAUUUUAUUGAAUAUGUCCAUUUCAUCAUACGAUAUUACAGCACAAUUCAGUCCAAGCGACAGGAGAUGUUGUUGGGUCUGUUUUAUGUCAGAGGAUGAUGAUCCUAGAGCUGAAUGGACACAUCCUUGUCGCUGCCGUGGUACUGGUCGUUGGGUACACCAAACUUGCCUUCAACGAUGGAUUGAUGAAAAGCAGGGUGGAAAUUCUUCUGUCCAAGUUUACUGUCCGCAGUGCAAUACUGAAUACCUGAUUGACUAUCCACCAAUGAAUAUAGUUUUAACCCUUAUUGAGAAUGUCGAUGGCAUAAUCAAUCGGUUGAGUCCUGUGGCAACAGCUGGUUUGCUGGUUGGCUCAAUCUAUUGGUCAGCAGUGACAUUUGGAGCUGUGACGAUCUUUCAAGUUCUUGGUCAGAAAACUGGACUUCGUGUUAUAGAGGAAUCUGAUCCAAUGGUUUUAUUUAUUGGAUUACCAACCAUACCACUGACAUUGAUAUUAGCAAAGAUGAUACGAUGGCAGGAUUACGUACUGCGAGGAUGGCGUCACUUAUCUCCAGGUUUGGCAUUUUAUAAAUAUUUGUUUCCUGAAGAAUCUCAUGAAGAACAAGCUCCUCUUCGUGAACCAAACGAAGACAGUCUAGUAGAUGCUGCAUCUGCUACCAGAAUUAUCUGUGGAGCAUUAUCAUUCCCAACAACUGCAUUAUUUUGUGGUAAUUUAUUAUUUCCCAGCUCAACAAGAAUAAAGAGAAUAUUUUUGGGUGGAUUGUUUUUUGUGCUCACAAAAGGUUUCAUCAAAAUGUAUUAUAAACAGCAGCAGUACACAAGACAGGCCAGUCGUAAGAUCAGAGAUUAUCCUGAUAUGUAUUGAUAUCAAUUACAACAGAUUAUUUUGAUUUAUAAAAAAGUUACUUUUAUUGUAAAUCAUGUUUGUGGCACUUAUAAAAUUAUAUAAAAUGCACUAGUAGACACAUCUUAAUGGAUUUAGGUUUAUAUAGGAUAAAAAUGCAAUUUUGAACACUGUAUAUUUACCAUUCAUUGGAAAUUUUAUGAUCUACAUUACUUGUGUUGAUGUGAUAAUUUGCACUAGAGAUAGAAAUAACCUUGUAUGAACAUUUAUAAAUAUACCAUGUUUAUUGUUUUUUUUCCUACAA